AUGGACCACGUCCGGUUGCCGCAAAUUAAAUUGCAAAGUUUUAAUGGCGACAUCGAUGAGUGGUUGAGUUUCCGAGAUUUGUUUACAUCGCUCAUCCACUGGAAGGAAGAUCUACCGGAAGUAGAGAAAUUCCAUUAUCUAAAGGGGUGUUUGCAGGGAGAGCCAAAGAGUUUAAUCGAUCCGCUGCAAAUUACGAGAGCCAACUAUCAGGUAGCCUGGGAGUUGCUACUUAAACGGUACAACAAAUGUAAACAGCUUAGGAAGCGCCAGGUUCAAGCGCUUUUCAGUUUGCCCACACUGACCAAGGAAUCAGUAUCCGAUCUGCAAACUCUCAUUGAAGGCUUCGAGAGAAUAGUGCAGACACUGGAUCAAGUAGUUCAACAGGCGGACUACAAGGACCUCCUUCUAGUAAACAUUCUUACUGCACGAUUGGAUCCGGUCACUAGAAGGGGGUGGGAAGAGGUGUCAUCAGCAAAGGAACAGGAUACUUUAGCGGAUUUGACGGAAUUUCUACGACGUAGGGUACAGGUUUUGGACUGCCUACCAUCCAGGUGCAGUGACACUAGGGGUGUCCCGCAACAACAUCCAAGGCAGAAACAUUCCAUAGCUAGGGUAUGCUAUAAUUCCAACCAAACGUCUGGGGGACGCUGUACGGCUUGUACGUCGGAUCAUCCGCUUUAUUUGUGCAGCACAUUCCAGAAAAUGACAGUGGUGGUGGCAUUAUUAAAAACUCAUGCUCUUUGCCGCAAUUGUUUCCGAGUUGGCCAUCAGGCGAAAAAUUGCACAUCCAAAUAUUCGUGUAGGAAUUGCAGAGGUCGUCACCAUACGUUAGUUUGUUUCAAUCAAAGAGAGAAGGAAACCAAGGUUGCAGCGGUUGCGAGGGAUAUUACACUACCUUCCAAGGAAUCGGACAAUCCAGCCUCCACCCAAACGGCUAAUAUGGCAGCCGUGAAUAUUCAGGUAUCCGGAGCAGCUCGUCAGUAUGCUUACCAUGUGCUUCUGGCCACAGCAGUUGUCACGGUUGAAGACGAUUAUGGUAAUCGGUUCCCUGCCGCGCUAUGCUGGAUUCAGGAUCAGAGACUAAGCUUUCUAGUUCUUCCAAGAGUGACAGUUAGUCUUCCUACUACAACAAUUGAUACGGAAAGGUGGAACAUCCCGAGCGGCAUCCAAUCAGCCGAUCCAGCAUUCUUCGAAUCCCAUGGGGUGGACUUAGUGCUAGGUAUUGAAGCAUUCUUUGAUUUCUUUGAAACUGGCCGAAGGAUUUCUCUGGGAGAGCAACUACCUACACUUAAUGAAUUGGUCUUCGGUUGGGUGAUUUGCGGUAGUUCUGCAGCACCAAGCCAGUCUUGGCAAAUCAGAUGCAAUGUGUCUACUUCAGAGCAGCUAGAUACAUUAAUCUCUCGCUUCUGGGCUUGUGAAAAGGUGGAUACUGUUAGAGCUUAUUCACCAGAAGAACGACGAUGUGAAGACAUUUUCACACAGACGGUACAACGCAACGCAGAUGGGCGUUACACCGUUGCCUUACCGAAAAGGAAGGACAUCCUAUUCAACCUGGGUGAUUCAAGGGACAUCGCAUUCAGACGUCUUCAGGGAACCGAACGUAGACUGGCAAGAGAUGAAAAUCUGCGAAACGAAUAUACCACUUUUAUGGACGAAUAUCGGCGACUCGGGCACAUGCAGAGGAUCGACGACACGGAUUCGGUCCCACGAUGUUACUUGCCGCAUCAUCCCGUCGUCAAAGAAUCUAGUACCACCACUAAGGUCAGGGUCGUGUUCGAUGCCUCAUGUAAAACGGCCACUGGGGUGUCUCUCAACGGCCUUUUACUGGCGGGGCCGGUGAUACAGGACGAUCUUCGUUCAAUUAUCCUGCGAAGUAGGACCAAGCAAGUCAUGCUCGUGUCCGACGUGGAUAAGAUGUUCCGCCAAAGAAACGUUUGUCCCGAAGAUCGACCUCUCCAAUGCAUCCUUUGGCGAGACUCGGCAUCCGAGAAGGCUCAAACCUACGAGCUUAAUACCGUAACCUACGGAGCUAAACCAGCCCCAUUUCUGGCCACCAGGACUCUACAUCAACUGGCGAGUGCUACAAUCCAUGACACCUACAUGGAUGAUGUCAUCACAGGGGUGGACAGCAUAGAAACUGCGCUAGAACUGAGGAUUCAGUUAGAUGAAAUGAUGUCACGGGGGGGUUUCCGGAUUAGAAAGUGGGCUUCAAACUCUCCAGACGUAUUAAAGGGGCUUCCUGAGGAUGGAUUGGCCAUUCGCGCUUUGGAAGGAAUUAAUCUUGAUCCAGACUCAUCGGUGAAAACAUUAGGCUUGACCUGGAUGCCUGUGCCAGAUACACUUAAAUUCAGUUUUGCUAUCCCUACUCUAAAUGAUAAAUUAUCACUAACUAAACGAUAUGUCCUGUCGGUCAUAGCUACACUCUUCAACCCACUGGGACUGUUAGGCGCUACUAUCACGUCAGCAAAAAUGUUCAUGCAAAGGUUGUGGACGUUACGCGACGACGGCGGUAACCCUCUGAGCUGGGAUCAAUCACUGCCUCCAACGGUGGGUGAGGCUUGGGUGAAAUUUCAGGAACAAAUUCCCCAACUCAAUGAGUUGCGUAUUAAGCGGUGUGUUAUUAUCCCACAGCCUGUCGCCGUGGAGAUUCAUUGUUUUUCUGAUGCCUCGGAGAAGGCAUACGGUGCAUGUCUAUAUUUGAAGAGUAUAAACGCUGAGGGAGAUGUCAGAGUGCACCUAUUAUCUUCCAAAUCAAGAAUAGCUCCACUAAAAUGUCAAACGAUUCCGCGGCUAGAGCUUUGUGGAGCAGAACUAGCAGCGAAACUGUUCGAAAAGGUAAAUGGUGCGAUACGCUUAGCGGCACGGACUUAUUUCUGGACGGUCUCAACCUGCGUGUUACGAUGGAUUUCGGCUAGACCCACAACCUGGUCCACAUAUAUGGCCAAUCGAACAGCAAAAACUCAAACUAUCACCGAGUGUGGCCAAUGGUGGCAUGUCCCGGGUGCGCAGAACCCUGCUGACUUGAUUUCCCGAGGGAUUUUGCCAGCAGAAAUACUACAAAACACGUUCUGGUGGGAGGGUCCCGAUUGGCUGAAACUAAGGAUGUCUUCCUGA